UUGUAGAAGAACACGGUUUUCUGAUUGCUCUGGUUGUACACGCGAGUAGGCGGGUAGGAUGGAUGUGUGUUCGUUUCCCAGAUCAUGAGAGGCUUAUAAAAAGAAAAAGAAAAUCAUCCCCACCCGCAGUGAAUCAAUUUAUCUUGCGAUCCGUAGCAGCAAUCCCCGUGUCGCUCGCAGAAUCCAAUUCCCAAAUACGGCAGAGAAGACAGUCCGCGCGGAGAAGUUACUCGAUGGGUCGGCGCCCGACACCUCCGAGAUCGCGCGCCUGCCGGAGGACCUCCUCUCGGCGGCGCUCGCCCUUACCACGUCGAGGGGCGCCUGCCGCGCCGCCGCGGUCUCUCGCGCCUUCCGCGACGCCGCCGGAUCCGACGCCGUGUGGGCCCGCUUCGUCCUCCGGGACCUCCCACCGAUCGCUGCCGGGGAGCUCGCCGGCCCCGCCCCGCCGUCCAAGAAGGACCUGUUCCUUCGCCUCUCCGACCGCCGUCUCCGCGUUCUACUCGCCGAUGGGCUCAGGAUACGGCCGGUCCCCAAAAAUCCUCUACUCGCCCAUGGCCUCAAGACCAUGUGGUUGGACAGGGGUAGCGGCGCCAAGUGCUACAUGCUGCUAGCGAGGGGCCUGCACAUCUCGUGGGGCGACACGCCGUGCUACUGGCGCUGGAUGGAUCUCCCCGACUCCAGGUUCAAAGUUGCUCAACUCUUGAAUGUUUGCUGGUUUGAAAUACGGGGCAAGAUACACAGCAAAAUGCUAUCUCGAGACACAGCUUAUGCAGUUUACAUUGUGUUCAAGACACCUGUUGAAUCCUAUGGGCUGGAUUAUCCACCCCAGAAGGCAUCAAUAGACACAGUUGCAGGAAAGAAAAUAAUUCGCAAAGUCUGCCUCCAAAGCUAUAAAGGCAGGCAUGUGAAUCGUUGGGUCACAAUGCGCUUGACGCGAGAAUACAAGAGCUACCGGCGUGGGCAUGGUAGAAACCCGGUGCUCCCUCAGGAAAGGGCUGAUGGUUGGAUGGAGUUGGAGAUGGGUGUGUUCUACAACAAGGUUAGUGAUGAUGGUGAGGUGCGCUUUAGCCUACUGCAGACAUCACCUACUUCGAAGAGAGGUCUUAUUGUGCAAGGCAUUGAGAUUAGGCCCAAGAAACUAGGCUAGGGUUUGUAGCCAUCCUGUGGGAAUAAAAAUAUAUAAAUUGACAGAAUAAAGCAUGUCAUCAGUACUGAGUAUUCACCAUAUGGCCAGAUGGUAUUGAUUGUAUCAUCUACCCAUAAACACAUUAAACGGUUUAAGGAUUCAAUACUGUGGCACACACCUACUAGCUUGAUCUUUGAUCUGUUUGUUGCUCCUAUCUCGUUGCAAAGAUCGCAGCUUUUCCUUGUAUUUUUUUAUGACACAUAGAUAAGUCAAAUUUAUGAGCCAUUGCA